AUGGGCCAACGCGCAGUAGACGUCGAAUCCCAACCAUUAACUUUCCAAUCGAAAUGGACCUCCAACCCCGACCCCACAGCCCUCCCCUUCCCACGCGAUAACCCUCCCUUCGCACUCACCGCCGUCGACUGGCACCAACUCAGUAUCACCGACGACCAGUUCACACCGCACACCUGGGAAGACGUCCACCACCUGAUCAGCACCGGCCAACUCAACGAGCUCAAGCGCUGGCCCUCCUUCCUCAAAGCGUACCUCGCGUGGACAGCCCACAUCAAGGCCAAAUAUGGUAGUGCGACACAGUACAUCCUGCAACAGCGCCUGUUCUGGGAGCCACUCAACGCGACUGGCUCGUUCAAAUUCGAGCUCGUUAACGAGACGCCCUUCGCCGAUCCUGCGGACUACAGAAUCAUCAAGAAUGACUGGACGUAUGCAGUGACAGAGGGGAUAAGUCAUAUUGUGGUGUGGUCGAAGAAACCGUUGCCGGUGGAUGAGGCGGGAGCGCUGACGGAGGAGGGACGAGGUAUUGUAGAGGGGUUUGUCAAAAGGGAAUUCAGAGACAAAGCUGGCGAGGAGGUGGAGGGCACGAAGGUGCAGUGGUUCAAGAACACGACAAUUUUGCAGAGCGUGAGGGCUUUGGAGCAUAUUCAUGUGCUGGUUAGGGACGUGGAUGAGGAGGUUUUGAGGCAGUGGAUGAAUUGA